AAAUAUUUUCUUCAGCACUUUUGUUUGGAAGCAGCAAAGAAGCAGCACAUCCAGAUCUCUCCCUGUUCCUACUAUCUCCUUGAUUCUGCUAUCCGGGAGACUGAACACUUAAAGAAGAGCUUUGCUAAGUUAGAGCUUGCUAUAAACUAUGACUUUGUCCGAAGAGUUGGUCAGAAAUACUUUGUGUCCUACAAGGAGAGACACUCGUUCUCCAGGGCCGUCGAGUUCUGCUCCCAACAAGGUUUAGAUCUGGCUUUGCCCCAGAACGAGGAGGAGAACAUUGCACUGACUCAGUUCUUUGGGGACGUUAACAAAGAAGCCUGGAUCAACGUCAAUAAUAAAAAAACAGAGGGGAACUUUGAGGCAGAUAUGAAUAACCGACCUCUGACCUUCACCAAAUGGGGAGAAGGGCAGCCAGACAAAUCCAUUGAGGCUACAGGCUGCACCAUGCUGUCAGAAAAUGGCGUCUGGCGAGUGACACACGAGUGCUUCCUGAAUGCUUACAUUAUUUGUCAGUUAUAGAGAGUUCUUGUACCCUACAGAAGAGGAUUAGGGCCACAUGUGAACAAUGUAUGUGAGUUCUGAGUUUAAAUUUUAAAA